UAUUUACACUUUUGCCCUCAAAAUAGAUUCCCUUUUUAACGCAUGUCGACAUCAACCGAGUAAGGGAAAUAGGAUAGUCCAUCGUGUUCUUUCUUUUUUUCAGCUUUCUUACGUCGCCGGCGGCUUCAGAAAGCUUUAGUUUGUUUACCGAUGGCUUCAAAGCGGAUCUUGAAGGAGCUGAAGGAUCUGCAGAAGGAUCCUCCGACGUCCUGCAGCGCAGGUCCAGUGGCUGAAGACAUGUUUCACUGGCAAGCAACAAUAAUGGGUCCUCCUGAUAGCCCAUAUGCUGGAGGAGUUUUUCUAGUUACCAUCCAUUUCCCCCCAGAUUAUCCCUUUAAACCACCUAAGGUAGCUUUCAGGACAAAGGUCUUCCAUCCAAAUAUUAAUAGCAAUGGGAGUAUUUGCCUAGACAUCCUAAAGGAACAAUGGAGCCCUGCUUUAACCAUUUCAAAGGUUCUGCUGUCGAUCUGUUCUCUGCUUACCGACCCGAACCCAGAUGACCCACUGGUUCCAGAAAUUGCCCACAUGUACAAGACAGACAGGGCAAAAUAUGAGACCACUGCAAGGAGCUGGACACAGAAAUAUGCGAUGGGCUAACAACCUAACCUACUGAAGCAGGCAUUCAUUCAUGCAGGCUGAUUUCCUUUCCUUUAAAUUAAAAUUUGGCUGUAUGCGAUAUUUAAUUUUCAUCUGUCCUGUUAUAGAAAUAUCAAAGGAAUGCCUCAAUUGACAUUUUCUAGGAAGAAAGUUGUAGAAAAUGAAAAAUACAAAGUUGAUGGAUGUUUCUAGAGUGAUUUGACAUUUAUUCUUCCUAGGACUGGUAAGUUCUCAUGGAAAAUGGCUUGGUUUAUGGUGCUUGUUUUUAUUA